AUGAGGUUAGCAGACACCAGACACGAAGAAUCGCCGGACUACUACGAUGAUGAAAAUUACGAAGACGGGACAGCACCAGCCCCGGAAGGUGCUACAGACUAUGAAUCACCAGACUACUACGAUGACGAAACUUAUGAAUCAGCCUCUGGAGAUGGGAUGCAUCAAACAUCAGACAUAGCAUCAGUCCUGGGUGCUACAGACUAUGAACCACCAGACUACUAUGACGACGAAACUUACGAGGCAGCAUCUGCAGAUAGGGCGCAUCCAUCAUCAGGUACAGCACCAGUCCUGGAAGGUGCUACAGACUAUGAACCACCAGACUACUAUGAUGACGAAACUUACGAGGUAGCAUCUGCAGGUAAGACGCAUCCAUCAUCAGGUACAGCACCAGUCCUGGAAGGUGCUGCAGACUAUGAAUCACCAGAUUACUAUGAUUACGAAACUCCCGAGUCAGCCUCUGAAGAUGGGCUGCUUCCAGAAUCGGACAACGCGUCAGUCGUGGAAGGAGCGUGUUCAGCAGAAAGACAGGGGAGAGGUUACAAUGCUACGAGAGGAAAAGCUAUGACGAGAUGGACGGAAGAAUUGGAUAUCGAUGAUGCUGUCACUGCUGCUUCUGAAAUUUCUCGACCAAUAAACUGGAUAUCGUGGUUACCUUCGUGGUGUAGAAACUGGCCGCUCAAUGGCCCAUUAGGCGUGCCCCGUGACGUGCAGCUCCAGGCAUAUUCACAAGCAUUGGAAGAACAUACCAUUGGGAUUGGAAACUAUUGGACACAGUCGUCGGAACCAGCUGACAAUGACGAACAAUCCCGCGCUGAAAACCCACAGACACAUUACAUUUCCUUCGCGGUACGACAGUCGGAGAUGCUCCAAGAGUUUUAUCAGUGGAUUUUUCAGCAGCUGUCAUCGCCGGAAGCUUCUGGUGACUGCACCCCCAGGUCACUACAGCGUUUUCUAGACGCCUUAAAAUACCAGGCACAUUUGGUGGAAUCAAUUUGCAACUGGUCACCCACUAUGCGCUUGACGUGCAACGCUUUUAACUCUUCAAUUUUCGGUAAUUUCUUCUGGGUCAUGGACACGCACUCUAUCUGGAUGCAAGUCUUCAACAACUGGGCCAUUCGUCAGUUUGACAUCGGAGCAGUGUCCCAUGGACAGCAACGUUGGUUACCGACAGACGGCAUGCCCUCAUUUACCAUGUCAAACUUUUCUAUAAGAAACCAGACAGCAGGGGACAGUACAUUGGGCUUGGUAGCAGUCAGCGCAAACGUUUGUGGUGUUGAAAGGGUCCGUAGAGAAAGAGAACCAGAACUGAUUCAUAACGAAGAUCUUAACGCCAUGUCAGAAGCAACUGCUGAACACAACUCUUACCCCAUUCAGCGACAGCUAGAGUCUCGCAGUCAGGAAAGAAAGUACCCUACGUGUCUUCUGCAGAGCUUGUCAGUGAGAGGCCAAGAAAGACUACAAUGGCCAGGACUGGAAAGGUUCAGGGACCAAGAAACGGGAGUUCCAUUAGAGGAAGUUUGCGAUGAAUUCGAAGCUGCAAUUGCCCCACUACAAAACAGAGUGCACCCAAAUCUUGCUGAUGGACAAGAUGUAAAUCCGGAUGAAAGCUUCUAUGAUGAUCACUCGCAGCUAGCAGUGCAGUUAAAAGAACGAAUGACAAAAAGUGUGGCAGCGGAUGAGGAAGAGCACCUGGAACUGGGUUCUGAUCCAAGAAACCUUCUGGGCUGCUCAGAGACACCUGUGUUGCAGGUGCUUGGCUCAGACUUCGACCCUUACUUCAUCUUGUACGUAAAGUGCAACGAGCGAGACGAGACGUGCGAGCCGCCGGAGAAGUGCCUGCCCAUGAACACCGCGGUCUCGGUGACGAUGCCGCGCUGGGCCACCCUCCCGGAAUUCCCGCACAGCGUCGUCGACACGCGCCAGCUGCCCAGUGGCCGCAUCUCCACUAGGCUGUUGGUGCCCACAUCCUGUGUAUGCAGAGAGCCCAGUGCUCGAAUUUAG